AUGCUGGCAAUUCCAUCCAAGGAAAUUGGUGCUCCUAUCCCAAACAACACUGCUCAUGCAGUCUCAGUCACAUUGCCUACUUGGGAAGCAACAGUUGGUUAUGAAGAAGGUGAACAAUGGGUAACUUCCAAGAUGACUUCAGGUUAUCCAAGAUUUUUCAUUCAUAGUAAGAUUCAAGAACUUUGUAAACAUAUUGAAGAGAAAUUUGGUAGAGAAAAUGAAAAAGCAUGGUGUUUUCCAAGUUAUGAAGUUGCUAAACGUUGUAGAGAAUUUGUUAAAGAAAAAUCACAUUGUAAUAAUGUUCGUAUAUUACAAUUAAGAACUCCACCACCAAAAACCAAAGAAGAAGAAAGUUAUAGAAAAGAAGCUAAGAUUGCAGUUGUUUUCGUUCAUGAUUCUGAAUGGUCUAUUGCUAAACAAUAUUGGCAACAUUCAGGUGAAGGUAUUUCAUCACGUAUGGGGGAAUAUGUUUUACAAGAAUUACAAAUUUCUGAAAAUAAUUUAAAUGAAGAUAAAGAUAAAGAAUAUAAAAUGUUUAUCGAGGAAAGAUUUGGUAGAAAUUUAAAUUUAAGUUAUGUUAAUGAAGCUAAACAAAUUUUGAAAAGACGUAUUGCAGGUACUUUAAAAGAUGAUUCUGAUUUAGAUUCAAAUCAAAGAGUUAUUUGUGAAGAUGAUAUUUUCCUUUAUCCAACUGGGAUGGCUUCAAUUUUCAAUGCAUUUUUAGCAUGUUUAAACACUUCAACACAACAAGAAGGAUCUCAAUUAGAAAAAUCUGUAUGUUUUGGAUUCCCAUAUGUUGAUACUUUAAAUAUUUUAAAAAAAUUUGGCCCAGGUGUUCAAUUUUAUGGAUUUGGUGAUGAUGAUUCUUUAAAUGAUUUAGAAAAUAAAUUAAAAUCAGGUGAAAAAAUUCAAAGUUUUUUCUGUGAAUGUCCAUCAAAUCCUCUUUUGAAAACUCCAAAUUUGAAAAAAGUUUAUGAAUUAUCUCAAAUAUAUAAAUUCCCAGUUGUUGUUGAUGAAACUGUUGGUAAUUUUUUAAAUAUUGAUGUAUUACCAUAUGCAGAUAUUGUUGUUUCAUCAUUAACUAAAGUGUUUUCAGGGGAUUCAAAUGUUAUGGCUGGUUCAUUAGUUUUAAAUCCUAAAUCACAAUAUUAUGAAAUUUUCACAAAAUAUUUCACAAAUAAUUAUGAAGAUAUAUUUUGGGCUGAAGAUGCAAUUUAUUUAGAAAGAAAUUCAAGAGAUUUUCAAUCAAGAUCUUCAAAAGUAAAUAAAACAACUGAAGCUGUUGUUAAUCUUUUCCAAAAUUCUUCAUUAAUUAAAGAAAUUUUUUAUCCAAAAUUAGUUCCAAGUAAAAAAUAUUAUGAUGAAUUGAAAACUCCACAUGGAGGUUAUGGUGGAUUAAUAAGUUUAGUUUUCCAUAAUCCAAAUGCUGCAAGAGUUUUCUUUAAUGAAGUUAAUUUAUCAAAAGGUCCAUCAUUAGGUACAAAUUUUACAUUAGCAUGUCCUUAUGCAAUCUUGGCUCAUUAUCAAGAAUUAGAUGAAGUUGAAAAAUGGGGGGUUGAUAGAAAUAUUGUAAGAAUAAGUAUUGGUCUUGAAGAUCAAUCUGAAUUAUUGGAAAUUUUACAACAUGCAUUGAAUUUAGCUGCAUUAGAAUAA